CAUUUUAAUAAACGUUAUUAUGAAAUAUUCAACAAAUAAGGGAUUUUAAUAAACUUAAAAACUUAUUUAACGAUUGAUUUGAUGCGCGCUUUGGGUUAAAGCCGAUUGCAUAUGGCGAUCAGUGUACAUCAAGCGGUUAGAGUGUUUUGAUAAUACUUUUUUACCUCUUUACAAAAAGUAUUGAUAAAAAUUCGUGUUCAGUGUAAUUCGCAAACGUGAUAAGGUUCCUUUACCUUCGAAUAAUGGUAUAGGAAAAGAAUAGAACGUUGCAACGUUUACUGCGGCGUUUUCGAUAACCUCAACGGUCGGGAACGAACGAUAGUUUCGUGUAGAAAUGCCACCAACGAAAAAGACUGAUUUAGAUAAAUUGGCAUGGGUUUGGAUGGAGAAUGUGGAAUUGGAGCAAAUUGGAAGGAUACAUUUGGAAAGUGCUUAUAGAAUAGGUUUAAAAGCAUGUAAAAAUUGCAAACGUAAUUGUACAAAUAAUCCUCAGUGUCUAACUGGACUGGGGGAAGAAAAAUAUAUAAAAUCACAACCAGCAGAAGUAGUAUCCUUGGAAAGUUCUUUAUCAGAAUUACGAGAUCCUACGCAAUAUGUUGGUUUAAAAAAUCUAGGUGCUACUUGUUAUGUUAACAGUUUAAUUCAAAUGUGGUUUCACAAUGAAGACAUGAGAAGGAUAAUAUACAAAUGGAACAUCACAGAAGAUCCAGAGGAAAAGGAAGCAUUGGCUCAAGCUAGGUCAACAGGAGGACCAUACCAUCCUGUGACGGCGGUUGGACAGUUGCAAUACAUAUUUGCAAUGAUGCAAUUCGGAAAUCAACGUCUACUCGAUCCAAUGAGUCUUGCCAUUGCGUUGUCUUUGGAUACUAGAACUCAGCAGGAUGCACAGGAAUUCUCCAAGCUACUUCUCUGCCAUAUCGAAGGGAAAUUGCAGCAAAACGCAGAACUGAAGCAGAUGCUGCAGAGGCUGACUCAAGGAAAAUACAGCUAUAUCAAUUGCUGCUCGAAAUGCGGUACCGAAUACCCAACGUCUACUACAUUCUACGAAUUGGAUCUGCAGCUAGCAGCCACAUUGAAAGAAGCGAUAGAGAAAUACUUGUCUGUGGAACAACUGACUGGUCCGAAUCAGUAUCAUUGUGUUACAUGCAACGAUAAGAAGGAUGCUCGUCGAUUCAUACGUUUGGAAUCUCUUCCGGAAACAUUGAACAUACAAUUGAUGCGUUUUGUGUUUCAUAGGGAUUCUGGACAGAAAAGGAAGCUGAACUCUUUUAUACAAUUUCCGGAAGAUCUCGAUAUGUCUGAACACGUACGGUGUCCACCACAAACUCAUUUGUACAGCCUAGUCGCGGUUUUGAGUCAUAAAGGUCCGUCGGCGCAUUCGGGUCACUACAUUGCAAAUAUAUGUAAUUCUAACGGAGAAUGGUACCAGUUUAGCGACGAUAAAGUUGAAAAAAUGCAGAAUAAGAGAAUCGAGGAUGGCGUCAACGAUAACGCAAAAGUUAUAAAACGGGGACGUAUACCAAAAGGUUUUCUUUCUUCCAAUACCGCCUACAUGUUGGUUUACAAAAGGGUCACUUCCGAAUGGAGGGCAAAUACCAAAAGGAGUAGGAAGAAAGUGGAAGUGGAAGCUAACAGUAAUAACGAUACUACAGACGAAGGAAAACGUAAAGAUGAACCAACUUCUAGCUCCGAAUCGAAUAGCUCUGAACAAGUACUGAAGUCUGACGAAGAAAACAAAAUGGAAGAUGUAAUUUCAGAAGCAUUCACUGAGAAGGAUCAGAUAAUGCCUGCGAGAGUAAACUGUACACUCGACGAACUAAAUGGCAAACAUUACGAAUCUGAUAACAAAGAAGACCAACACGAAGCACAGACAAAGAAAUCUUUUACACGAGGCAGGAGGAUAGACUACAAGCGAUUAAAUGGCGCUGCACAUAGAGCUAUGAGUUGCGGUGAACGUGAUUUCUAUGAAGAGAUGGAGUUUGAGAGUUGGGAAGUGAGUUCUACGUUACGCGAUUUGGUGAGACAAGAAAAUGUGAAGUACGAGUUAAGUCUACUGGCUAUUCAGCAAGAAAAGUUAAAAGAAAUCGAAGAUCAAAACUUAAAGAGGCAACUGGUCAUAGAUGUGUAUAAUAUUAUUUCUAACGCGGUUUCCUGGGAGAAGUAUCAGUGGAUUCCAAGCGACUGGUUAUCAAAGUGGCUCAAUGGACACUCGUCCAUCGAUGGGGUACCGCCAAUCGACAAUUCUACCUUAAUGUGUUCGCAUCAUCGAUUGGAUCCCUUGAAGGUGAACCGUGCUAAAUGUAUGCCAGUGUCAGCUGCAAAUUUGUUGUACGAUAAAUAUCGAGGAGGGCCGCGACUAGACGAAACUUCUCUGUGCGAAGUAUGUGUAAAACGAAGAUACAAGUUGCUCCGUUUUAAAAUGUCGCUUGAACGCGAUUACAAAGAAGUUAGCGAACUUAUACGCAACUUUAAGGAGUCGAUCGAUACCAGUUACAUAGUGGGUGCUGAUUCGUUAAAAUCCUGGCGAAGACUUGCAAUGGAAAAAUUUAUGGACAGCAUGGAACAAGAAAUAGAAAAAGAGGAGUGCCAGAAUCGGAACGGUCCACAAGUCAGUAAAAGUACAAGCAAAGAAAACGAUAGAUUGAAGGAAGCAGGAGACGGCGAAGAACACGAAAUCAUAAUUUAUUUUAACGAAGAUUUACUUUGCGAACAUAAUUCGCUGAAAACACCGGACUCUUCUAGGAAAGUAGUACCUCGGGAAGCUUGGAUGAUUCUCAGAAAAUAUUUUCCAGAGUCUAAGGAGUACUCUAUUGGUUCUUCGUCGUGCUCCAUAUGCGAGGAAAAAAUGGAGAAUGCACAGAAGGCAAAGAAGGAUGACAAGAUAAAAGCGAAGCAACAGAAGGACGAGCUGAACGAUUUGUAUCAUGGCAGAAACAGAAGCGAGAUAUUGAAGUGCGAAGAUCCAGAAAAAGUAUUUUACAUCGUGGAGAAAAGCUUCUUGGACAGUUGGAGAUCCUUCAUUCGGUACGCCGAAGUAUUUUCGAAAACACCACCGGCAGGUAUCCGGAAUAGCGUCCUUCUCUGCGAACCACACAAAGGAUUCUUGUAUUCGCCUACUAUCACCAGUGACCUAUACACCAUAGUGACAGCCGAGGAAUGGUCGAGAUUGACGCAAUUUUACGACGUCGAUCACACGAUCAGCAUCAGGAGGGUCGAUUCCGAUUUUCAACUACAUCCAAAUCUCUGCGCAGCAUGUAUGCUCGCGAGGGUGGAACAGGAACGUCUGGAGAGCUUAAAGUACGACAGAGCGACGAUUUACAUAAAAUGUGUGGAGGAAACAGAAGACUCGAAGACUGAGAACGAACCCGAGGUAGCUGCGAAGAGACCGAAAAUUGAAAAUGCGAGGCCAUCGAGAACCAGGAGGAACCUGAAGGGAUCCCAUGAACUGAAAGUUUCUUCCGAGAUCACGCUGAAGGAUCUAAAACUUAGGAUGAUGCAGAUUUGCGGCGCUGGACCGUACGAUCAGCAUCUGAUGCUGGGCGAACACGAACUUACCGAUCACAGUCAAAGUCUUGCCGCCCUUGGUAUAUUCCCCGGUGCUCUCCUCACAUUGAAGAUCGACACGCCAAUUGAAAACGAGGCAGACGUGACGGCAGACGCGAACAACCCCGAAUCUAGUUGUCCGGAAAAGGGUUUCAAGGGAACGGAAUUGGUGCCGAGCUGAUCUGCCUCAGCAACGAUCAGGGGAUAGACAAAUUGCAUUAUUGGCGAGACGUUUCAAUAACAAUAGUCGAUUUAACAUAAAAUAUUUUUGUACACGAGUUAUCAUAUAUUAUAUGAUAUAUAGAUAUAGUCUGUACGAUAAUGUAUACAGAUAUACAAUUAACGAAAUGCUAAUCGCGCGUUCGUCUUCGAGGAAAUAUCCGAGGGAAAAUAUCGAGAAUUAAUUGUUUUCAUAUUGUUACUAUUAUUAUUAAUAUCAAGUACUACUAUUAUUAAUAUUUCACGCACAGAUUAGGGUAAACGAUAAAAAAAAGAGAGAAACGAAAACGAAAGGCACUGCGAGCGAAAUGCGGUGCAUAAUAAAUCCAAAGACGAUUCGAUAUCGCUUUUUGUAAUCAUCGAUCGAUCGAUUAGUGUUCCAUAUUCUGUUCUCUAACGAGAAUCAAGUAAUAAUGUAAUGGUGAAAGUGUUUGGCGAGAUGGUUGCGAAAAUGAUCAAGGAAUGUGAUUUGUUUUUCUUCUUUUCCUUGUUUAGAAUGAUAGAAACGUGUAUUGUUGUUAGAUCUAUUAGAGACGCGAAUCUUUUUACCCACGAAUCAUAAUAUCGUAGACAAACUUUUGGAAAUCAAAAUCAAAAGAUGCCUUAUCGCAGUAGUAGAUAAACGACGAAUCGCACCUUUGAUAUCGAUAAUUAUAACGAUAAUUACUCGUGAUACUGGGUCGAAAUAUCUCCCUUUGCAUCCUUUAACGAGACACUGUUUGAUUUUGGAAAUUAUGAUUGCGUGAAGUUCGUGCGAGAUCUCAGCGCCUCUUGAAUUGUAAACAAAAAUAUGUAACUUCGAUCAUUUCCACGAACCAUCCUGAAUUUUUUAAGUUUUUAGUAGCCAAGUAAAACAUUUGUACAUACUUUUUUAUGUUCCGAAAUGCCGAGAGAAUUAUAAUUGUAAAACAAUUUUCAGAAUGAUUUUUCUCCAGUUGGGAAUUAAAUAACCCUCGAAUAGAGGAGACGGUUGUUUGUCGAUCAAAUCGGUAAUUUAAAGCUUCGUUUUAAUUGGCAAUCAUCUGUUAAAUUUAAAGCGAGCUUCCCAAAUAAUUUUGUCGCUUACGAUAUAGAGCUGAGAUAAGUAUCCCUAGAGAAAAAAUGCGCCGAAUGUUGAAUAAGGAAUCGUUUUCUCUAGAGGAUCCUAUCGAGCUCGGUCGUGUACGAAAGUCACGAUUGCCUCGACUCUGCUAUUCGAGGAUUAAUACGUACGCUGUAUUUUUAACGCCUGUAUACAUUGUGACAAAAAAGGGUGCUUUCGCGUACUUUAAUUAUCGCCUCCAUCUAACGUUUUUCCGUCUCAAUUUCCGGAUAUAGUUAACUGCAACUACGUGUCGCUAUCGUUGCGUAGAUAAUGGUUAUUAGGUGUGUUCGAACGAUCUAGGAAUCAUAUAGGAAUAAUUUACUGUUCGUCGUAGAAAGUAAGAAAAUAAACAGGACACGACAGUGCUGAUCGUGCAUACGAAUA